AUGGCUGCCCCGAGGUGCAUCGCCAGGGGCCUCGGCCGCCUCAGCUGUGUCUCUACACCCUUAUCCUCCACAACUACUCGACUUACACAUGCCGUCUGGCGGUCCUCCCGGAUACUGCCUGCCUGCACCCGCACAUUCGCCACGACACCGGCGCGCUUACACGGCCAUGUAACGCCGCCAAAGCCCGGUGAAGAACUCCAUGUCACCUUCAUCGACAAGGACGCCCGCACCCACAAGAUUGCCGUGAGCAAGGGCGACAACCUGUUGGACGUCGCCCAGGCCAACGACCUGGAGAUGGAGGGCGCGUGUGGCGGCUCCUGCGCCUGCAGCACCUGCCACGUCAUCGUCACCGACCAGGACUUCUACGACCGCAUGCCCGAGCCCGAGGACGACGAGAACGACAUGCUGGACCUGGCCUUUGGCCUGACCGAGACCAGCCGCCUGGGCUGCCAGGUCACCAUGACCAAGGAGCUCGACGGCCUGGUCGUCAAGCUGCCCAGCAUGACGAGAAACCUGCAGGCUAGCGAUUUCAAAUCGUAG